AUGGCCUUCAGGGAUUUGGCAAUGGCAAUGGUCUACUUCUCUCAGACUCUCAUUGGAACAGUGGGGAAUGUCCUUCUUCUUUACCACUGCAGCUGUCUUCAUUUCACUAAGUCCAAGUUAAGGCCCACAGAUCUGAUUCUCAAGCACCUGCUUGUAGCCAACUCCUUGGUCAUUCUGUUUAGAGGAGUUCCUGAAACAAUGGCAGCAUUUGGCCUGAAAGAUUUUCUAAGUGACCUGGGAUGCAAACUUGUUCUCUAUGUUCACAGAGUAGGCAGAGGUGUGUCCAUUGGCAGCACCUGCCUCUUGAGUGUUUUCCAGGUGAUCACGAUCAGCCCUAGGAACUCCAGGUGGACAGAUCUUAAGUUAACAGCCCCUGAGUAUGUAAGCAUCAUCAGUAUCCUCUGUUGGAUCCUCCACAUGCUGUUAAACACAAUUGUUCUUAUGUAUGUUACUGACAGACGGUGCCAUAAAAACAUCACAUACAGAAAAGAGUUUGAAUACUGUUCUACUAUUCGCCAACAAAAAUCUAGGACAAUCCUGCAUGCAGCACUGCUGUUCCUCCCUGAUGCAUUGUGUGUGGGGCUCAUGCUCUGGACCAGCAGCUCCAUGAUUUCUAUUCUGUACAGGCACAAGCUGAGAAUGCAACAUGUUCGCAAGACCAACUUCACACAGAGAUCUUCCCCUGAGACCAAGGCCACCAAAACCAUCAUUCUCCUGGUCAGCACCUUCGUCUGUUUUUAUUCCCUUUCAUCCAUUUUCCAAGCUUUGUUCACUUUGUAUAACAAUCCUGACAGGUUCCUCGUGAACGUUGCUGCAGUAGUCACUGGCGGUUACCCAACUGUCAGCCCUUUUCUGCUCAUCAAACAUUUCCCAUGCAUAUCUAAUCUCACUGACUGUGUAAGAAAUAAGAAAACCUAUAAUGUUAAGAGGAUCAUGCAACUUUCUUAA